UAUAUAUAACGCUAGAUCAGUCACCCUAAUUCUUAUCUUGGCAUUUUUAACAAUGAGAGCUACAGUGUUGUGUAUUGUUCUUUUUGUAGCUGCAGUCGCCGCUGAGCGGUGUACCUUCUUUCACCACGAGUGUACAUCCACCUCGUGCUCUGAAGGCGCCCCACACUGCGUGCUUGGUACCUGUACUUGUACAACGAACACCGGGAAAGCUUGCACGACCGCCUCUGAUUGUACCGAGCACUGCGCCCUGUUCGGAAACCAGCACUGUGUGGACGGGCAUUGUCACUGUCCAUUCGACAACGUUCUCCCUGGAGGAAGAAAAUAAAUCGUCAAAUAAAG